GGAAGUAACUCCAUUUCUGCAGUUGGUUUAGCUGAGGCAGUGCUGUGUGCAGUUUGUCCUUAUCUGCACUUACCACAGUCAGCACCGCAACUGGCGAACAGGUCACCGAUAAGCACUCUCGGAAAUGGUGCUAUUUUAAGAGUAAAAAAAGCCUGUUUGCAACCAGAUGAGCUGGGGACUUGACUUUCUUUAGAACAAAAGCUUAGAUUUGGGAGCAUGACAUGCAAUGGAAAAGUACCCUAUCUCUGGCUUGGUGUAACCUGGCCCACAUCCACUUCUGUAGGUGGAGCAGUGCAAGCUUCCAACUGGAGAACUCAGCUGUCCCAAACUUGACCACCCCACCACGCCUACCACUCGAGAUUCGCACUCAUGAACGGAACGCUUUUGUGACCUGAUCAAGGCCCAGAUCCUCCAAGGGUAGGAGGUGCCUACCUCCUAUUGAUUUCAAUACCUCUGAAAAUCAGGGCCCAGUGGUCUAGAUUAAGGCCCUGCUCAAUUCACUUCCAGUGGGGACCUACAAGUGUGUUUAAACCUCUGGUUCCUAGCCUCUUCCUGCAAGCACCUGCCAUGAUGGAUUGACAGAACCUGGUCCAAAACCAUUCCUGGCAAGGUCGAAUUCUUCUCCAGUGAGGGUUCGGACACCUCUGUUCCAAUCCCAAUAGUGUCACUACAAGGCGUGGAUGACUCCUACCCACCCCAGAAGAAAUCCUUUAUGAUGCUCAAGUACAUGCAUGACAACUACUUGGACAAUUACGAAUGGUUUAUGAGAGCAGAUGAUGAUGUUUACAUUAAGGGGGACAGACUGGAGAGCUUCCUUAGGAGUUUGAACAGUAGUGAACCCCUCUUCCUUGGGCAGACUGGGCUUGGCACUACCGAAGAGAUGGGGAAACUGGCCUUGGAACCUGGAGAGAACUUCUGCAUGGGAGGACCUGGCGUGAUCAUGAGCCGGGAGGUGCUGCGCAGAAUGGUGCCUCACAUUGGAGAGUGCUUGCAAGAGAUGUACACCACUCAUGAGGACGUGGAAGUGGGAAGAUGUGUGCGGAGAUUUGCAGGAGUGCAGUGUGUCUGGUCUUAUGAGAUGCAGCAGCUGUUUUAUGAAAAUUAUGAGCAGAACAAAAAAGGCUACAUCAAAGACCUUAGAAAUAGCAAGAUACACCGAGCUAUAACACUGCAUCCCAACAAGAACCCACCGUACCAGUAUAGACUUCAUAGUUACAUGCUGAGUCGCAAAAUCGCAGAACUGCGUUACCGGACUAUACAGUUGCACAGAGAAAUUGUCCUGAUGAGCAAAUACAGCAAUGCAGAAAUACACAAAGAUGACCUUCAGCUGGGGAUACCACCUUCUUUUAUGAGGUUCCAGCCACGCCUGCGUGAGGAGGUCUUGGAAUGGGAGUUCCUUACGGGAAAAUAUCUCUAUUCUGCAGCUGAUGGACAGCCCCCUCGGAGAGGGAUGGACUCAUCUCAGCGUGAAGCAUUGGAUGACAUUGUUAUGCAGGUCAUGGAAAUGAUCAAUGCAAAUGCUAAGACUAGAGGGCGGAUCAUUGAUUUCAAGGAGAUACAAUAUGGCUAUCGCAGAGUUAAUCCUAUGUAUGGAGCAGAGUAUGUUCUUGACUUAUUGCUUCUAUACAAAAAACACAAGGGAAAGAAGAUGACUGUGCCUGUCAGAAGACAUGCCUACUUACAGCAGACAUUCAGCAAGAUCCAAUUUAUGGAGCAUGAAGAGAUAGAUGCCAAAGAGCUGGCCAGCAAAAUUAACCAAGAUUCUGGAUCCUUGUCUUUCCUGUCUAAUUCACUGAAGAUGUUUGUUCCAUUCCAGCUCACUGGAUCAAAAGCAGAGCGGAAGGAGCCCAAAGACAAGAAGAUCAACAUUUUGAUUCCUCUGUCUGGACGGUUUGAUAUGUUUGCUAGGUUCAUGGGGAAUUUUGAGAAAACUUGUCUCAUUCCCAGUCAGAACGUCAAGCUAGUCGUCCUGCUUUUCAAUUCUGACUCAAACCCUGAUAAGGCGAAGCAAGUUGAAUUGAUGAGAGAUUACCGUAUUAAGUACCCCAAGGCUGAUAUGCAGAUCUUGCCAGUGUCUGGGGAAUUCUCAAGGGCUCUGGCUCUUGAAGUUGGAUCUUCUCAGUUUAAAAAUGAGUCUUUACUCUUCUUCUGUGAUGUUGACCUAGUGUUUACCACAGAGUUUCUCCAGCGAUGUAGAGCCAAUACAGUUUUGGGCCAACAAAUAUACUUUCCAGUCAUCUUUAGUCAGUAUGAUCCAAAGAUAGUUUAUAGUGGAAAAGUUCCCAGUGACAAUCAUUUUGCCUUCACCCAGAAAACAGGUUUCUGGAGGAACUAUGGCUUUGGCAUUACCUGUAUUUACAAAGGUGAUCUCCUUAGAGCAGGUGGCUUUGAUGUCUCUAUCCAAGGUUGGGGCCUUGAGGAUGUGGACCUAUUUAACAAAGUCAUUCAAGCUGGCUUAAAGACUUUCCGAAGCCAAGAAAUCGGAGUUGUUCACGUACAUCAUCCAGUCUUUUGUGACCCCAAUCUUGAUCCAAAACAAUAUAAAAUGUGCUUGGGGUCCAAAGCUUCAACUUAUGGGUCCACACAACAGUUGGCUGAACUAUGGCUUGAAAAAAAUGACCCUAGCUUUGGGAAAAGCAGCAAUACUAAUGGCUCAGUGAGGACAGCCUAAUGUCCAGCUAUGCUGGAGAAGACUUUUUUUUAAUUAUCUAAUUUAUUUUUGGAAAAUGUUUUGAUAGUUCAUUUUUAAAGACCACACAAGGAUAUAUUUUAGAAAUCAUGUUUUCUUACCAAGAACUCUUUUGAGAAUGAGCUUUUUUUGAACAAAACUGUGACUGAUAUUUGCCUUUGAACAAAAAUUUUCGCCGAGUAUUAUCUGGCAGAUCUGCAUAAUUUUGGUGACUUGAAAUAAGAUUUCCACAUGAACAAAGGACCUCUCUUUUUUUUUUUUUAAGCCUUUUUUCAUUACUGUCUUUGCUAGGAUUCUAUGAAUUGGAACCUGAACAUUCAAGCAAAAUGGUAAAAUACUGUACCUAACUGUUGUGUUGUGACUGUUACAUUACACAGAUUCUACUCUUUUUAAAUAGCCAUAACGUUCAAAUUGUGUUAGAACAAUGCAAAACAGUGUGGCAAUAGUUGGGUUAUUAAUUUCAGGAGUAUUUCAAUUGGUUGAUUACUUCAACCAAAAAUGUACUUUUACUUAUUGUGGCCGAGCAACUUUUUGAAGGGGUGUGUGGGGAAAAAAAGCACAACCUUGUAUCAGUUUAGUCCAUAUGUAAGUUUUGUCUGGCAUUUGGUCCAUAUGUGGAUCUAACAUUAAAAAUUCCAUGGUGGAUUCUGUGUAUUCUAAAGUGUUCUCCUGUCUAGAACAGAGACUGCAUGAUGGUGAAAUGCAAAAUUGUAAUGUGUGGGAGGGAGAAAUGAGAAUUUCUCACUGCAAAACAAGGUACAAAACUAAAAAUCUGAAAUCCCUAAUGAGAACGUUGGAAACUUGAAUCUGAUUGCAUUCAUUUUGUACAAUCAGUUACAAGAUGUUGAUGGGAACAAUUGUUACAUUCUUUGAUUACUAGUUUCUUUUGUUUUCUGUAUCUGAUAGACCUUUAAUUUAUUUAAUAUCCAUUGUUUUAGGUUUUUUCCCUUUUCUUGAAUAUCUGUUAGUCAUUUAUUUAUAUAUCUAUUAGGAAUGUAUUGCUUUUUCUCACUCUUAAGGUAGUGUACAUCUUACUUACAGUAAACUGUGAUCUCCAAAGAUUUCUUUUGAAAGUAUUUUUUAUUCCAAAUUUCUUUUAAAAUUUUACUGAGUGACUGAAAUAACCUUGGGAAUUGUUUUGAUGCUCUAAGAUGAACUGGGGAGAGAAAAUGUUGAGUAGAAACAAUAUGACCCCUCUGAGUUAUCACCUAGUAAAGGGUAAAUAAACAUACAAAUAAAGUGCCUUAAAGUGAGCAAUAGGAGGGGGAACUCUUCUGCAUUGAGACUUAGAAGACUGAUGGAAAUUGCUGUUGAAGCAGAUCAUAUCUUGAGCUCAGAAGUUAAAAAUAAAGCCAGUGAAAAAUAUAUUUUUCUAAUGUACUCCAACACCACUUUGCCCUAGUUCCAUUUCAGUAAUCUAAAGACCUGCUCAAUGGGAGGUGAAAGAUAGUAAAAGCGAAUGAAAAUCAGUACUUAGAUUUGAUUUACCAUGGUUUAAGGGGUCUUUAUGGAGUAACUGCUUGAAUAUUCCAAUAGGAAAAUAAUCAGUGGUUGCACGUUUAUGGAAUGUGAAUUGCAUUUGCAGUUAGUCUAGAUUCAGUGUCAUACAACUGUCAUUAUUUUUUUGGUGACAGCCCCAAGGAUGUAGAUACUUAUAAUGGAUUCAUUGCAUGGAAAGUGUUGAAAGACUUGGUCCUAAGAUGCAAUAAAGAUUUUUUAUUUGCAA